ACAACAAGUUAUUUUCAUUACAUCAUGGAUCUCAAAUUUUCAAUCAAGAAUAUAAUGAGUGAUAAGAUUGGCACGAAUGAUACGAAUGAACGUGCGACCAGAUUAUCGCAACUUGGCGAUGUAUUGAUGCAUCAUCAAAAUGCCGCCCAUCAAGUGAUGCAUGAUAAGAAUAUUAUUGAAGCACUCAAACCUAACCUAUUGGGUUUGAUCACCAACAACAAUAAUAAUAAUCAUAAUCAUAAUAAUGGCAAUGAUGAUGGUUUAUAUUCAUUGAUUGGACCAAAUAAUAGCAGUAGCAAUAGUCAACAACAACAACAACAACAACAAAUGGCCGCUUUGGAUAUAUUUGCCUAUUGUCAAUACAUUUCAUCAAUGAUGUUAUUCAAGGCAAUGUCGCAGAAUGAUAGCUCAUUACACAACAUUCCAUCUAAUGGUGAUAAAUGUUCUCCAAUAUCGCCUACAACGAACAAAUCUGCUGAUAUCCAUGUUUACAAUUAUUCUACCAACAAUAAGAAACAUACAAAAUUGGCGAAUAUCGCGGGCGAAACAUUGAAAUCAACGUCUUUCGAAACGAUUGCAUCGCCAUCUGUGGCAAACAGAUCAAACGAUAGUAAUAGUAGUAAUAAUAAAAAAGCGACGAUCGAUAUGAAAUCGAUAUCAUCAACAAAUAAUAAUAAAAAUGACAACAACAAUUCUGCGAAUGGACGAAAAUUCGUUAUGAAUGAACGUCGUCCACGACAGGCGUACAAUACUAAACAAUUGGAACGUCUUGAAUCCGAAUUUCAAAAUGAUAAAUACCUGACUGUAAGUAAACGAAUCGAGCUUUCUUGUGCACUUAAUCUGUCUGAAGUCCAAAUCAAAACUUGGUUUCAAAAUCGAAGAACCAAAUGGAAGAAACAACUUAUGGAAUGGAGACGUAGUAGUUCCGGUGGUUCACGUAAGAAUAAUAACAUUAUCAGAAACGGUACACAACCGAUGGAUAGUUGUGGUGCAAUCAGUUUGGCUGGUAGUGAUGAAUCAAAUAUAACGAUAUCACUGCAUAAUAGUAAUCAUAACAAUAAUAAUAAUAUUGAUGAUCAAAUCAAAUCAUUCGAAACUUUUGGUGAAAAUUCGUCGGACCAAGGAGGACAUAGCCAACAGGAUUUCGGUAUCGAAAUGGAUAAUAUUGAUAGCAUCGAUGAUGACGAUGAUGAUGAUGAUGAUGAUCUCGAUGAUAAUAACAGUGAAAAGUAAUCAUCAAGCAAUAACAAAAAAAGGAAGAAUUCAUUGAUGCUGCCCCUUACGCCAAACCAAUAUUUCUCAUCAGGGUUAAUUUGCUAAUUGAACAAAAAAAUUCUUGUUAUCAUUCUUGUACAUAUUCCAUAAAAACGAAUGUAACAUUAUAAUCAAUGAUGAUUGGAGUUUUUAUUUUUAUUUUUUAUUCAA